UCUGAUUGGAGGAACCCAACAUUACACCAGACCUGUGUUGCCAGAAACGCGCUUCCCUACAGCUCUCUUUAACAUAGCCCAUGGGCAUAUGUAAAGCAUUACAUGCCACUAUAGACUCACUAUAAACAAGGUGCCCGAGUUUAUGGCGUAAUAUAUUCGAGUUUUCCUGCACGCUUCCCUUCUAGCCAUUCAGCCGCGGUGCGUGAGGGGGCUGGACCUGAGGAGAAGACUGCAGAGAUGAGAAGCAACUCCCGCGACACCUGCAACAAACUCCCAACCGACUCUAUGCUGGAGUGAAGCCAAGACUAACAGCAAUGCGGAAUAAUCAUGUGAAAAGUGAGACGAGUUAUUAAACUGAGGCGAGAGCAACAGAUAAAGUUUUUCAAGAAGGAAGGUGCGUGAGAUCUGGGUUUAGGACGACCGGGAGCGAGUGCGCGGAGCGCAGAGGGAGACGGCGGCAGGCAUCUGGUGAAUGUGAAGAAAAUGGAGGUGAACAGAAAAGAGGUGCCUCAGUAUGGACAGGUGGAGGCCCAUGUGAGUCUAGAAGCCAGCGCUCCUGAAGAUGCAGAGUUUUACAUUGUUGUGCAAGGCUCUAGGCUUACACAUGUGACUGCAGCGCGACGAGGAAAUAAUGGGCUGACCCUUCACUUCACAGUUCCCGGACAUGACCUUGCAGAAGUUGUCUCUGUCACAUCCUACUUUUACUCAGAGGGCCAAGUCAGGCGAUGUGAAGGUGAAGCAUCUCUUGAAUACCUUAGGGAUAUAGUGCAGGAAGUAGCAGAGUACCUGAGUACGCACAGGGACCAGCUUGAGCCCCAGAGCUACCUAGACAUCCUGAAGAGGUUGCCCAUGGGGGCACUGGAAGCCGACGAAGACCACUCUGCUGGACAGUUAGACCGCAACGAGGAGAAUGAGUGCCUUAGACAAAGUUCAGGUGGUGAAGCUGGUCUCAGGCAGCUGGAUGAGAAGAUCACACAGGCUUUGGCGAACAUGGAUUAUCCUCAGCAGUGGAAAAACACUGACAGUCAGCCAAGAGAAGCUGCUGAGCUUCACCCAAAAGAAACCCUGCUUCACCUGGCAGUGCAUUUGGGUUUGGUCCACCUGCACCAUUUCUUGCUUCACCAGCAGAGAGGUCAGAGGGCAAUAACAUUACCCAAUCAGGAGGGAGACACAGCCCUCCAGCUGGCUCAGAAGUCUGGACAACAUGCCAAGUUCAGGGAGCUGGCAGCUCCUCCAGGACCUAUAGGUGGACCUGCUCCAGGUGUGUGGUGUGUGUGGUCCGACAGCUACCGCAUGCUGAGGUUUUGUUCUGGCAUGGACUCGCUCUCCCUCACUGUGCGACAGGGCCCUGGCAGCUGCCCUCAGGAUGGCAUCAUGUUCCUCCGAGACAGACUGGGAGACCACAGCACCCUCAAACUGGUCGAUGAGCUGAGAUAUGAUACUGAGGAAAAGAAGAGAAGCAGAGAUGAAGUCCUUUCUAGUGAUGAAGGCAUUAGCAAGGAGCAGCGAGUUGAAGAGCAGGUGCUGGUGGACAGUGUUUUUGAAGAACAGCUUGUUCUGUCUUUGGAUGAUGAUGACAAAGAGUAUCCAUCGUCAUUAUCUGUAAAUGGACAUUCCAUGCCGACUAGUGGAGUCCAGAGCCAGUUCACACCUGGUGCUACAGACCCUCUGCUCUCCAUGAUCAGCAGCAGCAGUGUGGUGCAGCAGACACAGGUGGAUGCUGUUGACAGUAAGGUCAGCCUCAGUGGAGUGACAAAGGACAGCACAGGCACUGACAGUGGAUUAUGGGACACAGUGGACUCAGAUCUCCUUCUAGCCACCGACACCCCUCCACCUUAUCCUGAAGAUCUUUCCUCUGAACCCUGCUCUCCCCCUCUCUCAUCUGCUUACCAGGCCCUCGCCAGGCUGAACCGUCCCACCUCCUUGGAGCCAAACACUCAGAGAAACAGUCCUCCCAUGGACACAUAUGACCUCAGUCCAAGUCUAGUGGCUUUGGAAGUGGACAGUGAAGAGGACAGCACUGACCCAAAGCCUGCACUUUUCCCACUCUUGUCAGAUGUUGAGAUAAGUGAAGACAAAGGGGAAGCCAUUUGUCCUUCUCCCGACCUUAUUUGCACUCGCAGCCAGUCUGCCUCCUCAGCAUGCGAACCCACCACUAAAGAAUCGGAUGACCAGGGGAUUCGACUGCGUUCCUAUUCCUACUCUUCCUCCAAAAUCAGUUUGCGUCCUGGCCGUUUUGCCCGAGACAGCCCUGAUGGCGUGCUCCAAAGUGUCAGCCCCAGCCGAUCUCUCCUUCAGGCCCUCUCUCUGUCUAAAUCUCUGUCUCUUCUCCACCCUGGUAAGCAAAGAGCCUCUAGUACAUUGGAACAGUCACAUGAGAAAAGAAUUGAAGAGGAGGAGUUGGAUAAGUACAGCAUCCCAACCAAGGUGGAGUCAGAGAAGUACAAAGUCAUUCGCACCUUGAGUUUUCUCAAGAACAGAAUGUCCAGUACACGCAACAAGUCCAAGUUUUCAAAGGGGAAAGGGAAGGACAAAGAGGCCAAGGAUAGACAGCUGAAUGGACAUCGCUUUGCGACAGGGUCCUGUUUAGGCCCCACUGUGUGUGUGGUGUGUGACAAACUUGCACCUGGAAAGGACCUGCUACAUUGCUCCAGCUGCACUCUCAUCGUCCAUAAAGGCUGUAAGGAAUCUGUCCCCCCUUGUUUGAAGAAACUUCAGGAUAAAUAUUCCAUUACCAUGGUGAAGAACAGGACAGCAUCUCUCCCACAAAAUUUCAUAGUGAGAGACAGUGCUCCCCAGCGUGUAAUGCCCAUUUCAACCUCUCUACCUGCCAUGACGCCAAAGGAGAAGAACGGCAAUGUGACCCAGUCCAGUUCUCUGACAGGGAGUUUCCCCAACAGUGACAGUUGGCUCAGUGAGAGUUCAGAGACAGAGUCUGAUGCCCUGAAGGUGACCAGCCAAUCAGAAGAGCUCCUGCAGACUCCAGUGUCCUCCACCUCCACAGACUCAUCCUUCGGAGAAGAUUGUGUGGAUGCAUAUACCCACAGUGAUGUCUCAGCUGAGGCUGUGGAUUACGAGGCUGAGUCGUGGAGUCUCGCAGUAGAGCACAAGUUCUGCAAGAAGCAGGACAAACAAACUGUCAAGAGACAGGAUGUUAUCUAUGAGCUGAUGCAGACUGAGCUUCACCACCUACAGACGCUACACAUCAUGGCCAAAGUUUUCCGGCGAGGUAUGAGGGAGGAAGUGCAGCUUGAUGCAGAAGCGGUGGAGCGGGUCUUCCCCUGUCUGGACCAGCUGCUUCUCUUCCACCACGCCUUCUUCGCUUUCAUGAAGGAGCGGCGGCACAGCUCUUCCCAGCCUCAGGGACACAGGAACUACCUCAUCCAGCGAAUAGGAGACAUCCUGGUGCAACAGUUUUCAACUGAGAAUGGAGAGAAAAUGAAGCAAUUGUAUGGACAAUUCUGCAGUCGCCACAAUGAGGCAGUUGGCUUUUUCAAAGAGCUGUUGCAGCAAAACAAGAGGUUUCAGAACUUUAUUAAGCAACAAGGCAAUAAUUCUUUGGUGAGACGGAGGGAGAUUCCAGAGUGCAUCUUGCUGGUAACCCAAAGGAUCACCAAGUACCCAGUACUGCUGGAGAGGAUCUUACAAUACACUAAAAAGGAAACGGAGGAGCAUGCUGACCUUUCAAAAGCACUGACUCAGAUCCGGGAGGUGAUAGCAGCUGUGGACUUGAGGGUCAGUGAAAACGAGCGGCAUCAAAGGUUACAAGGCGUGUGGAACCGCAUGGAGAACCGCAGCUCAGCCAAGCUGAAAAACGGACAUACCUUCCGGAAGCAGGACAUGAUGGGGCCGGGACAAACGCUCCAACACCAGGGCCUGCUCCUGUGGAAGACUGCCACUGGUCGACUAAAAGACGUCCUGGCGCUCCUCCUCUCUGACACACUCAUCUUCCUACAAGAAAAAGACCAGAAGUAUACAUUUGCCACAGUGGACCAGAAGCCUCCAGUCAUCGCACUGCAGAAGUUAAUAGUGCGAGAAGUAGCAAAUGAAGAGAGAGGUAUGUUUCUGAUCAGUGCAUCAGCCGCUGGGCCAGAAAUGUAUGAGGUCCACACAUCAUCCAAAGAGGAAAGAAACACCUGGAUGAGGCUCAUUAGAGAGGCUGUAGAGAGCUGUCCGGAGGAGGAAGAAGAAGAUGCAAGUGAAUCUGAAGAGGAGAAACGAGCUGCUGAGGCCCGUAUGCAGAAGAUCUAUAAGUUACAAGAGAAUUUGAUGAGCCAGGAUCAGCAGAUCUGCUCCAGCCUGGAGGAGAAGCUGCAGAUUUACACAGAGCUCUCUGCUCUGAGCGGGAUGAUGAAAACUUCGCUAGUCGAACCGCGACUGCUCGUCCAGCCGCACUCAGAGGAGCUGCCCCAGGCUGCUGUGCUGCUGGCUGCAGCUCUGCAGGAGGCUGAGAACCUGAAAGCCAUGCUGUCAUCCAAGGCCUGUUCUCCAUCCAGUCACAGUGUGGACUCUGACACAGACUCUGUGGUUCCUGCCAGCCCUGCCACACCUCUGGAGUCCCCCUUAGACUCUUCAGAGGUCUCACCUGAAAACCCUGAGGCCAGAGAGGGGAGUUGGACUGAGCCCUUUGUUUCUCAGUCCCCAACUAACUUCCAAAAAACAGACUCAAAUGACAUUAACUUGAAGAUUGUUCAAAGUGUCCAGAGCCUGACCCAGUUACUCUACAGUCUGCAGGCUGCCGUGACCAUCCAGGACAGCUGCUAUGAGGUCCAGAGGCUCUUCCUCCAAGAGACCGGGCGCCCAUACCCAGGUGCCCAGCGGCCACACCUUCCAAGUAUCCGGGGCAGCACCCUACAAGAACAGGAGAAGCAACGUAACUUGGCUCAGCGGCUCCAGGGCCAACUACGCCAAGAGAAGGAGCGCUGGGAGAGGGCGUGCCAGGCCAGGGAGAGCCAACAGGGGGAGCAGGAGAGCAAGUUGGAAGAAAGAGAGAGGCAGUACCACCUGGAGAUGGAAAGGCUGAGGUGCAAGAAAGAAGAACUGGACCAACAGCAGCAGGAGUACCAGCAGAGCCUGGAGCGGCUCAGGGAGGGCCAGAGGAGUGUCGAGAGGGACCGUGAGCAUCUGGGGAACCAGCAAAAGCUGCUCCAGACCUGGAAGCAAGACCAGCAGACGACAUUGCCUCACAUGGUCAUCCCUCUAAAUGGGCAGCAGGACUUGGUGCCGAUUCAGCCCAGAGACCACGCUGGCAACGGCUCCGUGUUUGUGAAUGAGGCUGCGUUCACCAGCACCAGCAUCAACAACCACCACAUCCAUCGUAAAGGAAGUGACCCCAGCACUCACAAUUGUCUCAACACCUUCCUGGCUAGAUCCAACAGCAGACAGACCCCCACAGCCAAGACUCCCCACGGUCCACACUCAGACUCCCAGAGAUGGGCGAUGGGGACAGGAUACCACUACAGCCCUGCAGGAAGUCUGGGACUGCAGCACAUGCCCAAUGAUCAUAACAGACAUAGCUACAUCGGGGAGACCUGGUCAUCAACAGCAAGUGGAGCUGACCCGUAUCCGGUGUUGCCACAUCCCAGUGACUCGCAGCUGGACCUCGGUGCACUGGUUUCCAUGGAGACCGACAGCGGUGAGGAGGAGGAGGGCAGGGAGGAAACCAUUGUGUACCUAUGAAUGUUAAUCAGUUUUAGACUCUAAAAAGCCAACCUGCAUGUGGGGAAAGACAUUGAUGUAGCAUCAGAACCAGGACGGGAUCGUGGCGUCUUCACAAAGCAUUUCUCACUUUCUAUAUUAUUUUUUUGGAUAUUUAAAGGAUUAGUUUGUGGUCCUUUUUUGUCUUUUUUAUUGUAAAUUGGAGAGUUACUGGAAACAGUGAUAAAGAUAUUGAGGUUGUUUCAGAUUCAGUGUCAUGCACCUUAGCUUGAGCCACCGGUGGGUGUUGAAUGUCUCUUUAUUUUCUGUGUGUCUGUCUGUGUGGUCUUUGUUGGCUGCCUGGGCCCCUGCAGCUGCACCUUUCCCCUUCUCUGCUUUCAA